GAUUCGAUCAGUGAGGCGGCAGCUGUGCUACAAAGAUCAUCCGAUUUUUGUCAGUUUCAUGUCGCAGUCACCAUACGAUUCGUUGACGAUAGUUGCUGCUCAGUUAAGGAAUCGAUGGUUUAUUCUUUUCUUAUACUGAGAGAACGAUAUUCUGCCAAACUUGCAUGAGCGAGAAAAGAUCGAUCGUGCAAUGAGAAUAUAGAAACAUCGUGAUAAUUGAAGUUUACGAUAAUUCGAUGUGCAAGAGAAGAACGUAUUGUCUAGUAAAACGUAAUAUUUUACGUAAAACGCAAGUAAGUCCGACACUGCCCUUGACUUCUACUGAGACUUUCCUCAGCUCGGGAUAAAUCUUCCGUUUUCUCUUCAACGUGGGACAAAAGUGAACGACUGGUAUUCCGUGGACAAUUUUUUAGUUCAUACGUCAAAGAUUAGGCUCAGCAUUAGCAGGUAGAGCUGGACGAAGGGCCCUGUGCGGCGUUGCCAGAUUCUCUAGGAAGAUCAAAACCCAACGUGAACAACACUGAACGGCAAUAAGAAGACUGUAUACGAAGAUCGGCGUGAGAGAUUUGUCAAAUGAUUCCUUAAAACAAAAAUUAAAGAUACCAAAAACAAGUCAUCCUAUGCCAAACAGAGAUUUUUUCGGAAAAAUUUCAACGGAAUCAAGAUCCAAACAUUGUUAUCAAAAUAAAAGAAAUUUACGUAUUCACAAAAUUUACAUGCCUUAUCGUGAGAGGAAGUAGGGAUUACUCAAUCGUUAACAGUAUAAAUCAAACAGAAUUUUUGUGUUCACAAGAAAUGUACAAACUAGUCUUGAUAAAACAGAAAUAAUAAUCUGUAAUAGAAAUCAGUGUGAAUUUGCCUUUCGAAAAGUGCCCAGUGUUCAUUUUUAGAUCUAGAAGAUCCUUAAGAAGGAUUGAUCGAAUCUCUACCAGACACUUCAAUCUAAUACAAAAAUGAAUGAAUUGGUGAACAAAGCGUGGAACGAUACUAUGGAUUCAAUGUCCCAUCUGGAAGUAACCUCGACCGUGAUUAUACCUAAUAUAAUGGUACCAGUAUCAAAAAGACACAUAACGUUUGCCUCUCAAAUUAUUUUAACUCUGGUCUACUUCACCGGUGUCAUCGGCAACAUAUCAGCCCUAGUCAUCCUAUUUCAUCGUGACAAGAGGAGAAAUCGGAAGCACUUGCUGAUGCUGCGAUGUUUGGUAUUGAACGAUUUGGUCGCGCUGCUUGGAAUGCUGGUGCAAAUGUAUUUAACCAUCUACGUGGGAAAUGUCUUCCCCCCGAAGACGUCUUGCUCUUUUCGUGUUGUUUGGCGACUCUUUGGAUUGUUCAGUGGUUGCGUAGCGAUUGUUAUGGCUGCUGAAAGAUGGUUGGCUCUUACGCGACCGUUCCUUUACCAGAAGCAGGUGACGUAUCCGGUGAUAGUACGAUGCAUGCUUGGACUCUGGUUGGCUGCUGCAGCUUUGUCCAGCCUGCCUUUGCUUGGAUUUGGUCUCUACUACAAGGGCGACAAAUGCAAACGCUACAGGGAAGCUACGGAACCCGAAGAUAUUGCCUAUGCCUACGUAUUCUUCUUCUUCGGCACUGUCCUCUGCCUCUGCAUCGUCUGGUGUAAUCUGGCUGUAUCGAGAGCCCUUAGUAGGCUGGGACGUCGCGAUGGUACGAUCAGACGCAUCUCAAGGGCGUCAUCCAGAGCUACUCCGCUACUCACGGUAGCUGGACCACCACCUCCAAUCGUACCAACCGUCGAGGAAAAAGCAUUUUCACGCCUAAUGGCCGUUCUGUCGAUAUCAUUCGUCAUAUGCUGGAUGCCUCAAAUGAUUUCCAUACCUCUCGCACAGUACUCGAUGACUUUACCCGCAACUGCUACGGGUGUACGAAAAUUUAUUGGAAUCUUUCACGUGGCUGCUGAAAUACUUCUCUGCAUUCAUUUCACCUUGGAUCCAUAUAUCUAUGUCCUCCUUCGACAGCGACCACGAUUUCCACUGCUGAAGCCAUUGUGCAAAAUUUUCUAUCCUGGAAGAAGAAGCCGAUCCAGUUCUUUCACCGGUACGACCGAUCAUCAAGGAAGCAGUGGGGAUCCACCUACUCCCAUAACCGAAGCACCCUCGACUUCUCUCAGCGAAGAGAACGAACUGCAAUUAAUGGCAGCAACUGCCUGAAAUUAUUUUUUGCGAAUAUUCCGUCGGAGGCAAAAGAAAAAUGGCGAAACGCAACUCUGAGUCUUGGGGUCUCGUUUUUCUCGCAAAGUUCCGCAAUCUUUUGCCUCGGGGGAAUCUUCGUAUUAUAGCUUUCGCUACCGGUGAUACUUAAUAAGAUUAUUAACAGAUCAAGAUUUUCGUGUCCGUCAAUCUGAUGAAGUCUUGGGCUCUGUUUACGACCAUUCAUUUUUCUCGAAAUAUCCAACUAUCUCGUUCACUGUUUUAUUUGCUACCAAGCCAAUUUCUGGAGAUAGCCAUUACAAUUAAACUUUCAAUAAAUCUUAUCGAUGUGGAAACUAAAUCGUAUCGAUUUAGUGAAUAUUUAUAUCGAACAAAAUUUUGGUUAUGGUUAUCCUUAUGUGUAGAAGCAUAGCAAGUUACUUUCGGUUUCAAGCAACUUUGUGGAAUAUCGAGGAAACGUCAGUAACAUAAUAAGAUUGAGAUAAUAAGAUUAAAAAUUUGAGCGAGAGUAUUUAUGGGAGAAAGGACGCCUAAUUAUAAUUUACUUGGACAGUAUAAUCUUCAGACUGUUUUUAAUCGAAUAAAAUUACGUUAAGUCUUAUCAAAGAUAUUGAAGUAUACAUUUAUAUUUUUUUUGUUAAUGAAGAAAUUUUUUAAUUAUUAACGCCAAUAUCGAGCGACACAUUCCGUUCGCGUACGAACGAUUAUUUUAUCCGUAUGAUGGAUAACGGUAAAGUACACUUUGGCAAAGUCUCACUCCGGUGACAAUGAUGUUUGCGGAGAGAACGUAACGCCCAAUUUGUGGAAACUCACCUAUGCGAUAUACGUUGAUAGAUUGUUAAACGAAUUAUAAUUGGAAACCGUAAUUGACUAUGGAGCUGGGUGCCUUAAGAAAAGAAAGAAAAAAAAAAGUAUUCUGUGGACUAACGAGCGGAUAGCAUAUUUACGAGACACUCUCUAAUUAUCUUCUGGCUACAUUCACUAUUAGAGGAUCAUUCGACAUUUUCGUAGCCGCCAUUAGGCCAUUGAAAUAUUUUUGUAAAGUGUCUAUAUGUAUAUCUGUUAUCGUAUACUGUACACUGGAUAGUCUAUUUUCAUAGUGGCUAUAGAUAAAUAUUUUUAAAAUCUUUAUGCGAUUCGCUUGUAUUUCUCGUGUUUGAUAAAAAUACGUCAGAAGUCAAACUACAUACAGACCUUACUGCAACGCAUAAAUCUAACGAUUUAACAUGAUCAUUAUUCUAUUGUAUUAUUUCUCCAUCGUAAACAUUAUCGAUUGGAACUCUAAUCGUUUGUCACUGGCAAAUGACGAUGACGUUGAUUAUAGACGGGACUGAUACAACUGACGAGUAUUAUCAAAUACAAGAAAUAUCGCUUGCAAGUAAAUCAAUAACAUAUUCACGAAGAAUCUCAUAGGUAUAUUUAUUUUUAACGAAAAUCAAAUCUGUAUAUCAUGAAAAACCGUACGGUUUUCCCGGAAAUAUAUGAGAAAUCUGUAUAUUUUGAAUAAGGUGCUUAAUUACAUGCUAAAUCGUACUGAAUUGAAGCGCAUAUAUUUGUCGCUAAUAUAUAAACGUUGGCGUGUAUGUAUAUUUCUAGUCAAUAAUGUCAAUGUUAGGUAUAAGAAAAAUGAAAAAACAAGUGAUUAACACCGUAACAAUACCAAAGUAUAUAAUGCGUUGUAAUCCAAUUUUAACAGUAUAACGAUAUAUCAUUUGAUGCAAUUUAUACAUAUAUUGAACAUAUCUAUAUAUUUCCUUAAGUUAAUUAUAUCAAAAUAAUAAUUAGAUGUUUAAUGAUACGAUCGUACGAAAAACAAUUAUUGAAUAGUACGACUGUCGUCAGAUCUUAUGUGAUUAGAUAAAACGAGGAUAAAAAUAAAAAGAAUAAUCAAGAGAAA